AUGGGUUUUGAUGAUUCAUGCAACACAGGUCUUGUUCUUGGUUUAGGUCUCUCAUCAACUCCUAAUAACUACAAUAAUGCCAUCAAACGAUCCUCCGGUUCCAAGCUCGAGCCGUCGUUGACUCUAAGUCUCUCCGGCGAUCCCUCCGUGACGAUCGUGGCCGGAGCUGAUCAACUCUGCCGUCAGGCGUCGUCUCAAAGCGGAGUCUCUUCUUUUUCAAGCGGAAGGAUGGUGGUGAAGAGAGAGAGAGACGGCGGAGAAGAGUCACCGGAGGAGGAGGAGACGACGGAGAGAGUUACAAGUGAUUUCCAUGAAGAUGAAGAAGGCGUUAGUGCUAGAAAAAAACUUAGACUUACCAAAGAACAAUCUGCUCUUCUUGAGGAAAGCUUCAAGCACCAUAGCACUCUUAAUCCCAAGCAAAAGCAAGUUCUUGCUAGACAGCUGAAUCUAAGGCCUAGACAAGUUGAAGUAUGGUUUCAGAAUAGAAGAGCCAGGACAAAGCUGAAGCAAACAGAAGUAGAUUGUGAGAUUUUGAAGAAGUGUUGUGAAACGUUGACAGAUGAGAACAGAAGACUUCAGAAUGAGAUUCAAGAACUCAAAACCCUAAAAUUGACUCAUCAGCCAUUUUACAUGCACAUGCCUGCAUCGACUCUAACGAUGUGUCCCUCAUGUGAGAGAAUCGGCGGCGGUGGCGGUAACGGAGAAGGAGAUGCCGGAGGAGGUGGCGUGGCUACCACGGUAGUCGUCGACCAAGGUACGGCCAAGGGAGCUUUCUCCAUGUCCUCAAAGCCUCACUUCUUCAACCCUUUUACCAAUUCCUCCGCAGCUUGUUGA